CAUCCAUUUGGAGCAGUCUCACAAAAGGAAUCCUAAAGAAGUAUUGAAAGGACUUAAAUGUUAUUCUCACAACUAUUAUUGAGUGCCAAGACUCCUGUAUUGUGUGAAUGCUGGGCCUCGCCUGUAAUAAGCUUCUAUUUAAAGAGUUGCAAGUUUUAUUUGAUCUGGAUAAAGAAGUGAGUGUGCAUUCUCUAUGUAUAGGGUUUGGAGCUGUGCAUAUAUACAGCUUUACAGAGCAGACUACAAGCCUAUACAGCUAGCACACAAAAUAUAAUUUGCCUCUGGUUGUGAUACAGUAUAUAGUCUGACAGGUUGCAACAUAUGAUAGACUAACAUACAGAGUACCAUGGGAGAUCUGCUAUUCAAGUGAUGGCUCAUUGCGGCAAUGGACUCAACCACAAAGUUUCAUCUAAAGAUCUAUUCUUCUCCAAAAGUGACGACACUAGCAACAGCCAUAUAGCAGAGUUUCGUGAUAAGCACCUGGUUUGUGCCGGGUGCAAGCAGCGCUUCGUGACAUCGGUCUACACCCCUACGCUGCUUCCCUGCCUGCAUUCCAUCUGUCCAACUUGCUUUGACGCUUCAACAGCCAAAGACAGUGAGACUCUCUGCACAGUUUGUCCAUCUUGCAAGCAACAGGUACCAUCCACAGAAGGUGUCCUGACAAGGAACUCUAUCUCUCCAGACUUUCAUAUUGAUUACCUCGCGGAGUACCUUGGAUAUACUGAAGGGAUUGUAAGGCUUUGUGAAGGCUGUGACUCUCUCACAAAGCUUGCCACUGCUUGUUGCUCCAACUGCAUCAGAUUCCUUUGCAAAGAGUGUCUGAUCAGACAUCAAUAUACUGUAGGAUACGAAAAUCAGCAUUUCCACGAGGUGAAUGAUUUGACCAAAGAAGACUGGGAAGUACUGUCACGUCAGCAACGCUUUUGUGUGGUCCACCAAAGUCAGGCACUGACUCUUUACUGUACUGGGGAAGCGUGUAAUGUGCCAGUCUGCUUGUCCUGUUGCAAGAGCGAUCAUAUUUCUGAAGGUCACAAUAUAGAAGACUUGUCUUCGGUUGUUGAACAGCUGAAAGCUGAACUUAAAGAACUUAUCAUCAUGAGUGAGCGGCAGACGCAGUUGCUCGAGGAGCUGUUACAGAACAUUGACAUGGUGACCCAGAAACUCACAUGCAAUGCUGAGGAAGCAACUCAUCAGAUCAAAGCCCUCUUCAGCAGAUGUCGCAAGGUCCUGCAGCAGAGGGAAGAGGCUCUCCUGAAAGCUGUCACAGAUGCACACACCAAGAUGCAACUUGGGCUGAAACAGCAGAAGGAUGACACCAAGACGAUGCUUUCCAACAUUGCUGUCAUGACCGACUGUGCAAACACCAACAAUAACUUGAACAGUACAGUAUCGGUAGCCAGGGUGCAAAAUAAGUUGGAAGGGUUCUUCAAGGAAGUCGCUAAUGGGGUGUUCUAUCCUCUACCACUGGCUAAUAGCUGCAUCGACUUCACUUACAAGCAUAAUGAAGCUUUAACCUAUUUGGACUACGCAGUGAAGGACCUAGGCAAGGUGGCUAAUGGUGAUGAAGUGCCUUUCUUGACUGUUGUUAGUCCCGAAGAGUCCUUUGUCAAUCAGGAAAGCACUGUGAGACUUGAAAUGACCUCCUUGAAUGGGGAACGUAGCACAAAAGGUGGAACCACAGUGUCUGCAAAGAUGACGACUCCUUUCAAUGAGAACUUGGAAUGUACUGUUGUAGAUAACUUGGAUGGAUCAUACAUCAUUAGGUACCUGUCUACUGAUCCCGGUGACCAUCUCUUAUAUGUUGAGGUAUGUCAUGAGCCUAUCAGAGAGCAACCAAUUACAAUCCCAGUGUAUGCUCUUUGCACAGAAAUCAAGGGCGAGAACACAGAUGAGGAAUGCAUGGUUGAAAUCUAUGCAAGCGAUUGCAAUGGGAAGCGCCAGCCAUUGGACAAAGACCUCAAGUUCUCUGCAUAUGUCCUUGAUCCUCAACACGAGGAACUGAAAACACAGAUAUACUAUUACCCAUAUGGCUACCAUGGCAUUGUCUUCCGUCCAGACAGUAUUGGUGAGCAUAAGUUGACAAUACAAUUGAACAAUGUGCCACUCAAGUCUUCCCCUAUCAUGGUGCCCAUCCACAGGAUUAUCGCUUGUCGGCUGGAUAAGAAGCCUUUCUUUCUGGAGAACAUCUCUGGGAUGACAGUGACAUACAUGGGUAAGAUUUUCCUUGCAGACACUAUCCAGAAUGAAAGAAUCCUGGGUUUCACUGGACAUGGUGAAUGCUUCACUAAGAUCAAGACACCAUACAAGGGAGAUGCCUUGAUAACCAAAGACAGGAAAGAAAACCUUGCAUUGCUGUUCCCUUAUCGACAGGUAAUGAUCUUCUACACUCAGAAGGGGAAGCAGGUUCGUUUCUUUGACACGCCUCAAGUUGUUAAUCCUGUAUCUAUCGCGGUCACAUCCGCUGAGGAGACGCUCAUCCUGGAAUGCCUCAGCAGUUCUGUCCUGGUGUACAACUCUGCAGGAUUCCUCCAGACUACCGUUGGUGGGACCAACCAUGCCCUCAGUCUAGGCUACCCUAUCUCCAUGAGUCUGGACUCUAGGGACAACAUCUACAUCAGCAACAAGACAGGGGGUACAAUCCUCAACCUGACCUGGAAGGGAGACUUCAAGCGAACCAUCGGUCUUCCCGAGACCUUCAAUCAGAUCGGUUCCGUUGACUGCACCCCUGAUGGCUACAUCCUGAUCCACGAAGAGAAGCUCUCUCAGGUUGUCUACGUUGUCAGCAGGAGGAGUGGCAAUGUCCUCCGCACUAUUGACGUCCAUGGUAUUGUUGGUUUCCUUGAGCAUCUUGGUGUGACCCCUGACGGUUGCUUCAUCAAGCUGGACCGUAAGAAAGGCUGUCUGAGGAAGUACAGGUACGCCUACUACUCUCCAAGACGUCAAACCUAUCCUGCCAUAGCUACAUCUACUGCUGAUGGUCAAAAUGAAUUUGAGGUGGUAGGAUAGCAUGCCCAAGACUUUCCAUAGAACUUGACAUGUGUUGUUUAUUGUGCGAGAUCAUAUAACAUGACCACUGGAGAUUUCUGGCUUAAUUAUGUUCCUGGAAGAUAACAACUGAUUCUGUAAAUGAAUUUCUUAUCAUGGACUCAGAUUACAAGUACUCUUACUUCCAUAAAAAUUAUGGUAUAAUUUGCACAAACCUAUAUUCUUAGAUAUCAAGUGUAGAACAGGUACCAGUGCGUGCAUGUAUGCACAGAUUUUUUUUCUGCUGGAAAUUAUUUCAAAAACAUGUACCGGUAUAUGUAUAGCCCUUUACAGGGUUCUACAGAAUUACAGUUAUUGAUUAUUGGUAGAUAGUAAUUCUACUUUUUUAAACAAUGUGCUCCUUCUGUAUUUUAACUGUAUUUGAAAGUGCGGAACAACUAGACUACCCCACCACACAUAUUCUUGGGAAACAUAAAGCAGCAUAUACCCAAGAGCAUUCAUCACAUUCUGUAUUUAAGCCAUCAGAAACAUUUCAAUUUUUUUCCAUUUGCCAUGCUGCAUAUUGCUCACAAUAAGAGUUUUGAAGCAGCUGUCAAGCCCACAUGCACACAAGAUAGUUUCAGAACCUAUGCUCGUAUAACGAUACAUGUAUGUGUACACAUGAACAUGUAACCCUACAUGGCUAAUCAUUACAGUCACCUCACUCAUGCCGGGUAAAAUAAAAUCAAUAAAAAAAAACCUGGUAGUAAAUUAUAAAAACAAAACACCUUUUUGAGUAUACAUUCAUUGUGCAAAGAGGCCAUAUUGGAGGAGUGACGUUUUGUGCAGAUACGGCCUUAUAUGCAUACUCUUUGUACAUGUACUAUACAUGUGAACAUAGUAUACGAUACACGUCAGUGAGGUUCUCUGAAUAUCCCAUUAUACAAUGAGAUUUGUAUCAGUGAAUUUAUUUACCAACUCUUGUACAGUUGUAGUUAUUCUAAUGAGCCAAUGAAGACACUUACAAGUAAUCUGAAAGUUUUGACGUUUUGAACUACAGUUUAUAUGGUUUUACAUCUAACAUGUAAACUGCAACAAAUUAACUGCAAUGAUUAACUUCUAGAGGCAAAAACUAUUUGUCCCUACUUACAGUAAGCAACUUUUUUUAAAUAGCUAAAUAAAAUGGAUGAUGUCACCAAACUUUACAAUCAAAUUUCUAUUGCUGCUAUACUACCUUGUAUGUAUUUGCAAAGCUCAGUUUGCUUCAACAAAUAUACCUUUUUUUGUAUUUAUCUUCUGAAAAGCAAACCUUUAAUUUUCUCUAGUGGUCUUCUUUAUUAACAAGUUUCAUAAUUCACAUAUACAAGAAUUAUGCAGAUAAAGUUUAAUUAUAUAUGUAUCUGCAUUAAACUGUACCUGUGUUAUCCUUUUAUGGAAUCCGGUGAUUUCGCUACAAUAUUAAUUUUAUGUCUUUUUGCAUCAUCUUUGGUGGUAUUCCAAAAUGGUUCUGUUGUAAAAGUUUGAUAACCAGCUGAUAGCUGCCAAUGUAAUCAAAAAUAGGUGUAGAAAAAAAAAUUCUAUUCAUUUUGUAGAAAGAAUUUUAAAUGGUGAUAACCUACUAAAUAGUAUACAUUAAUAUUGAAUUGAGAAUCUUUGGUGAAGGAAAAUUUGACAAAACUGGAUUUCUGUAUCAAUUGAAUUUCCCAUUUGUUGACAUGUAUAGCCCAUUUAUAUGAACUGGCAUGUAUAUAAGAACAUGCUAUUAAAAAGAAGGAAAAAAUAUUUUAAAAUAUGUAGACAUACAUACAUUUUCGUUUUAUUUUAAUCAAAUGCAGUGAAAUCUAUGUAUACAGACCAAUCAUGGAAAGCAAGGAAAGUUGAUCUCUAUAAUUUACAUGUACAAGUUCCAUUAAUUCAUAUUUGAAUAUAAGGAACACACUUCAAGGGGAAAAUGUGUGGUCUUUAUAGGGUUAUACAGACAGGUUGUCUUCCAACAAAGUUAAUCCAUAUACCGGUAAGGGUUGACAGUAUCAAUAUGAUUUUUUGGGGAAAAACAUGAAAAACAAAUAUCUGUCUGUUUAAUAGUACCCAAUACUACAAUUAUUGUAAUUUUAAGUUUAGAAUUACGGUGUAUUUUUAAUUAUGUUGUGAAUCAUGUUAUUGAAAUUACUAGAAAAAAGUAUAAAUUCUAAAAAGAACUCUAUUUGACAGGGUCAGAAAGAAAAAUUGGACCUAGUCUGCCUUGAAAUACAAGCUCUAAUGCUGAAUUCUGUCGUUCUUGACGUAUUUCUGCAGUUAUACUGGAAACAUUUUGACAAAAAGGGACAAAAAGUGAAUACAUUUACUUUUUAUAAUCUACUUGCUCAAAUUGGACUUGUAACCUUAUAUCUGUUAUCUGCAGAUAGCCAAGCAGUUUUUGAGUUGACAUACGAUGGGUUCUCAGUUGUUGCUGUAUGUUGCAUUACCGGUAUGUCUUGUAUACCACCGCACUGUACAUGUACUUGUACAAGUGCAUAUAAAGCCUAUAUGCAAAUUAUGUUAUAAUAAUGGUGUUUCGUUAUCAUACAUUUAUCACUGAAUGAUACUUUUUCUGUCUUCCUAACAAUUUAUCAUUUGGUGUACUUUUAACAGAUGGUAUAUGGCCUGGAAUUGCAAGUCUUGUUUUUUUUCUACUGAUUUUGAAGUUACAGUAUAUUAAAUAUUUAUUUUAUUUCCUUUCA